UGACACACACAGCCUUCGUUGAUCAAUUAGCCCAAGCAAUGUCUAGGAUUCAUCCCACAGUUGUUAGCAGGAGUAACAUCGAAGAGGAGGAGCAGCAGCAGCAGCUUCCAACUUCUACUGGUGCUUCGGUGUGGACAGUGUGGAAGAAGUCGAGCAUGGCUUUUCAUGGCACCGAUGGCUUCUCCAUUUACGAUGGCAAGGGAAAGUUAGCCUUCCGGGUGGAGAAUUACUCGAGGAAGCACAAGUGCUUUGCAGGGGAGCUCCUGCUCAUGGAUGGAGCAGGAAAGGCCAUCAUGGCCUUGAAGCCUCAGAUCUUGAGCAUGCACGAUCGGUGGACCGGAUUCAGGUUCGAAGACGGCACAGAGACGAGCAGCAGCAAAUCCCACGUUUUCUCCAUGAGGAGAAGGUCCAUCCUGCAGGGUUGUGACGAGGCAGAAGUGUUCAUGGAAACGGCAAAGGGAGGACCGGCGGUGCCCGAUUUCCGAACGGAAGGCUGUUUCAGAAGAAGAAACUGCAAGAUCUUGGACGAGGAUGGCCGCGAAGUGGCGAGCAUGGCUCGGAAGAAGGCCAACAAGUCGAUCACUCUGGGGGACGAUGUGUUCAGCUUGGUCGUUCAGCCUAACACGGAUGUUGAGCUUGUAAUGGCUUUUGUAGUGAUCAUGGAUCGGAUAUGCUAGAGAUCAAAAUUUUAAAGCGAACAUAGAAAUUGUUUCUUGUAUACUCGAUCAAUGGGUUUGCAAGCUGAAAAUUCCAUCC